AUCAAGUGUAGUGAUGAUCAGUUUGCUUUUAUUCUAAAUUAUCUUUUUUUUUUUUUGAAUAAAGUAUAAUAUCAUUUUGUUAAGAUAACAGUGGGUGCUCUUGUAAUUCCUCAGUCAGUGGAAUUGUUUCAACUAAAUGAUCACUGGAGUUGUUUAACAGCCUAAAUUCCUGGUGAAUUGGUCACAAAAAAAGAAAGACUGAGGAAAAAAGUCGAGAGAAAAGUCUCCAAAAUCAUGACAUAAACCAAACAGAGGAUAAAGAGUGCCUAUAAUUAGACCCUCCACAUCAUGACUGAAAGUUGCGUAACUGGAUACUUGUUACACACUACAAACUAUAGGCUUAAAAUGACUAUCAACAACAUCAACACCUCUGACAAUCUCUGCAAAAGUUCAUGAGCUUCAGUGAAUAUGAAUGUACUGCAGAGGAACAGCAUUAUAUAGUGAGUUGCUUCUUCUUUCUACCCACUCUGCACGUAAUGAAAUCAAAUGUUUGCAUGUUUUAUGAGAGCAGGAAGUUGCAGUUAAAAUUUUAUUGUCAGAUUAACUGUUGUCUUGCAUACCGAAUAUAAAUUCAGCUAUGUUAGCCAUCGCAGUCUAUUCAUCUCACCUCAGCAAAUUUACCAUCCAUAAAACAGCAGACAUUUGAGUUUAUUACAUUUUUUCUUGCCAUAGGUUUCACUCCAGGAGAGGCAAGUGAACAUGUUCCUUCCUCCCACCUUAUGUUCACUUCAACCAACUUAAUUUCUUCCAGAUGAGAGCGACACAGUGAUUUAAAGUGUUGGAGCAGCAAAUUAUUUUGGGACAUGGAGCUGUGGAAUAUGACUGAUGUGCCAGGCAAGCAGUUCUCAACUCUGUCUAACUGCACUGUGGACACCAGCUAUCGCUUCACCUUCUAUCAGGUGUCCUAUGGUGUCAUCUUUCUGCUGGGGUUGACCACCAACAGCCUGGCUCUGCGCAGACUGUGUUUCUCUCCCUGCACCAUGAACAGCACAGCCAUUUACAUGGUCAGCCUGUCAGCUGCCGAUUUGUUUUUUGUAAUCUCUCUGCCCCUGAGAAUUUACUACUACCACCAGAAGGCCAGAGCUCUGUCCUUCAAGACAGGAGACCCGUCCAGUUGGACUCCUGGAGCGGCAUACUGCCACCUCACCUUCACCCUCAAAUACAUCAGCCUGUAUGGGGGCAUCUUCUUCCUGGUCUGCAUUGCUGUGGACCGCUACUUUGCUGUAGUGCACCCGCUGGCCUCAACACUCCGCAGGCUGCGAGCAGCACAACUGGUGAGUGGGGGGAUCUGGUGCCUGGUGCUGGGGCUCAGUGUGAGCCUGCCUCUGCUGCGCUCUGCAGCUGCUCGCCAACACCAGCCCUGUCUGCUGGAUCCAUCCUCGCAACGCCACCGCACCAUCAUCCUGGUAGCUCUGGGCUUAGUCAUAGGGUCGUUUCUGCUGCCCACUAUGCUACUUCUCUGCAGCUACUGCAGAGUGCUCAGUGUGCUUCGCCAGCCAAGACACCGCUCCCGCAGCCAGUGCCGCAGCCGUCAGCACACUCUCACAGUUAUUUACUGGGUGCUAGGAAUCUUUCUGCUGUGCUUUGUCCCAUAUCACAUCAACCUCCUGGGAUACACCCUCACACAUGUGGGGCUGCUGCCCCACUGUGGCCUGGCCAAGGUGACCAAGGCUGUGCACCCUGUGGUGCUAUCAUUAGCGAGCUCCAAUUGCUGCCUCAACCCACUCAUCUACUAUUUCUCCAGCAGCCUGAUGCACAGGGAGGCGCCUGGUGGUGGAGGCAGUGGCAGCCAGUGACACAGAUCAUUUAACACAACUGAAAUGGUAUUUCUCCUCUUUAUCUUAAGAUGACUUCUUUGCUAGACAGAUUCAUACAGUUGACCAGGACCUUUUCUAUUCAUGUGCAUUUCUUUAGAGGUUAAAUGAAGCUAGCUCUGCAUUUAUUUCAUAUGUAAACUGUAUUUUUGGCAGGAAUUGCAAUGUUGGACAGGUUUGAAAUCACAGCAGGUGAUCAGCACAGAGUGCAGCACCUCUGCAGCAGUCUGGGGUUCAGUGCCAUGCUGAGAAGCACAUUGUCGGCUCAGUUAUUUUGUUCAGUAUGUUUUGACGGUCCAACUAUAUUGUGUUCGUAUAAUACUGAAAUGCAUUCAAAUUUUUCAUAUGUAGUGAACUGAAUUUGUGUACAACCUGCCUCAUUUUACAAACAUGCUGAUCAAACAUUAUGGAGUAGUUAUGUGUUAUAUGAGAUAUGCUAUUCUUAAACUAGUAAUAAUUAAUACAUUUAAACAAACUGCUGAAUUCCUUUUCUUUUCUUGGGACA